CCGCCCCUCGCACGAGACCUUUUUAAAAAAGCGCGGGCCCGCCUUGCGCAGGCGCACUGCCGCUUGAACCUUAGCCGCGCAUGCGCAGUGGUGGUAGGAUGGCGGAGGUGGUCUCGUUUGCAGUUCCCAGCGAAAGCGACAAAACCUUGCUGGUGUGGGAGCUGAGUUCUGGGCCCACGGCCGAGGCUUUGCAUCAUUCUCUGUUCACAGUAUUCUCCCAGUUGGACCUUCUGUAUUCGCUCCGAGUCUUCCCAAACGCUGCAGUGGCCCGUCCUGGUUUCUAUGGCAUCAUCAAGUUUUAUUCUGCAAGGGAUGCUCACAGAGCUCAAAUGGCAUGCCACGAGAAGCAUCUUUUUCAGAAGUCUCCAGUGCAGGUUCGUCUGGGCACCAAACAUAAAGCAGAUCAACAUCAGGCCCUUGCCCUAAAUAGCUCCCAGUGCCAAGAAUUGGCAAAUUAUUACUUUGGUUUCAAUGGAUGGUCAAAAAGGAUCAUCAAGCUUCAGGACCUUUCUGACCUCGAAGAAAGAGAAAAUGAAGAUGCUACGGUACCACUUGAGAAGCAGAGCCUGAAAUUCUUCUGUGCUUUAGAGGUGGUGUUGCCGUCCUAUGAGUGCAGGAGUCCUAGAGUUGGCAUGGCCGAGGAGCCUUUGGAGAAGCUGGAAGAAGGGCCAUUAUCAGUUCUGAUGAAAAGGAAAACAACCCAGAAGCUUGCUAUUCAGAAGGCUGUGUCAGAUGCAUUCCAGAAACUGUUGAUUGUGGUUUUAGAAAGUGGUAAAAUAGCUGUGGAAUAUAGACCCUGUGAAGAGAUUACAGAUGCCAGAACCGAAGAGGAGCUCCAGGAUUUAAUUCAAGUCAGCUACUUUUCUUGGAAGCAGGAUGGCCCAGGGGAGGAAGAAUGUCUCUCGGAUUUAAGCUUUGAAGAGGCCGAGUUCAAACCGCCAGAAUUGGACUAGCGUUUUUUAAUUUCCUGGGAUGCCGGGUCCUGUGGCGUCCUUGGGAAACUGCCCCCUGUCCCCUUCCACCCCAGAGCUGCUGGAGUCCGGGCCCAUCCUGCCUCGCUGUGAGCCCCAGGAGGUGGUUGUGCCCUUCGUAGGGGGAAGGGAGGCUUGGGCCCUGGUGAUUCUGGAAAAGGGGCUUGCUCCGAGGGGCGCGGUGCCCCUCGGCGCUGAGCUAAUAAAGGUAGCGUAAUAAAGGGUGGAAUGUA